CGGAGUCCGCCGGUCGCCGCUCGGAGGCGGUCACGGACAAAGUGUGAGAGCGGGUGGGAAUCGAGUCGGAGUCCGCCGGUCGCCUGCUAACGCCUUACACGCACACGCUGGAUGCCGCGAGCGAUGGAAAGUUUCGGCCAUUGAGAAAAAUAUUGUGUCCAAAAAAAGUCAACAUUGCGGCUGCGCAAGGGAGGAAAAGAAAAAUCGCAAUGAGAUCGAGUUGAAAGGUCGCUCGUUACCCCUGCAAGAUGUUUGAGCUCUCGCCACGUCCGCUAUGAAUAAAACAUGAAUCGUAUGCCGGAGUCCAAAAUAUUGGAUCUUUUUCAAUCAGACGAUCAAAGAAAGGCGAGGGAAGGGAUGACGCGCUAAUGGUGCCAAAAGAUCAAAACAGCCUGUUGGCGACCAAUCGGAUUGCUCGGAUGCGAUCGGCCAAUAAGGAGACAGCAAAUAUUGAGCAAUAUGGCGCUCAACAAGUGUUCCGGUCGUCAAUUUUUGGGGGAAAAUCAUCUCAUCGUCGUUCAAGUGAUGCUACUGUGGCGUUGCCAAAAGAGGCACGAUGGAAGGAUCCCUCGCAUCCCCGAUGAAGUAGAGCGCCCGCUCCAACAUUCCGGCCCACUGCUGCCUCUUCCCGCUUCCUGCCAGGGUUGCAGAAUGGACGAGCAGCGCUGCCCCCUCCCUCCGCCCCUCAAAACAGAAGAGGACUACAUCCCGUAUCCCAGCGUUCAUGAGGUUCUCGGUCGCAGCGGGCCGUUCCCCCUCAUCCUGCUUCCCCAGUUUGGAGGCUACUGGAUUGAGGGGACCAAUCACAAGCCUCGAGAGACAUCAGAGGCGGAGCAACAACCGUGCCCCGCCUCCUACGUCAAGCUGGAGACCAACAGCGCCGCCAAGAUCUACAGGAAGCAGUUCAUGGGCAAAGAGCACUUUAAUUACUACACCGUGGACGCCGCCCUGGGCCACUUGGUCUUCUCAUUAAAGUACGAUGUCAUCGGGGAUCAGGAGCAUCUGCGCUUGAUGCUGCGCUCGAGGCUAAGAACCUACCAUGAUGUCAUCCCAAUUUCCUGCCUGACUGAGUUCCCCAACGUGGUUCAGAUGGCCAAGUUAGUUUGUGAAGAAGUCAACGUGGAUCGGUUUUAUCCAGUUCUCUACCCAAAGGCGUCGCGCCUCAUCGUCACCUUUGAUGAGCACGUGAUCAACAACAAUUUCAAGUUUGGAGUCAUUUAUCAAAAGUUUGCUCAGACCACAGAGGAGGAAGUCUUUGGGAACACGGACGAAAGCCCGGCUUUCGUGGAGUUCUUGGACUUCCUGGGCCAGAAGAUUGAGCUGCAUGACUUUAAAGGCUUUCGAGGAGGCCUGGACGUCACGCACGGCCAAACGGGGACGGAGUCGGUCUACGCCAACUUCCACGGCAAGGAGAUCAUGUUCCACGUCUCCACCAAGCUGCCGUACACCGAAGGAGAUUCCCAGCAGCUGCAGAGGAAGCGGCACAUCGGCAACGACAUUGUCGCCAUCGUGUUCCAGGAAGCGAACACGCCCUUCGUUCCCGACAUGAUCCAGUCCAACUUCCUCCACGCCUACGCGGUGGUCCAGGCGGAGGACCCGUGCACAGACAACGUCACCUACAAGGUGUCGGUGACGGCGAGGGACGACGUGCCCUUCUUCGGACCGGCCCUGCCUGACCCGGCCAUCUUCAGAAAGGGCCCGGAGCUUCGCGAGUUCCUCUUCACCAAGCUCAUCAAUGCCGAGUACGCUUGCUACAAGGCAGAGAAGUUUGCCAAGCUGGAGGAGCGGACACGUUCGGCCCUUUUGGAAACGCUUUACGAGGAGUUGCACGUGAACAGCCAGUCCAUGAUGGGCUUGGGCGGGGACGAAGACAGGCUGGAGAACGGCGGCGGCGGCGGCAGCGGCGCAGGAGGAGGCGGGGGAGGCUUCUUCGAGUCCUUCAAGCGGGUCAUCCGCAGCAGAAGCCAGUCAAUGGACGCCAUGGGCCUCGCUAGCAAGAAGUCACACACGGUCUCCACUAGUCACAGUGGCGGCUUUACCCACAAUCCGCCCGAGACCCCCAAAACAGCCGGCAUUUCAUUGCUCGUCCCGGGGAAAAGUCCCGCUAAAUGCAGCCGGCGAGGCAGCGCCAUAGGGAUAGGAAGCAUAGAAGAGUCCCUGAUCAUUCCCGGGAAAAGCCCCACCAGGAAGAAGUCCGGACCCUUCGGUUCCCGUCGGAGCAGCGCCAUCGGCAUCGAGAACAUCCAGGAGGUCCAAGAGAGGAGCCGCGACGUGUCGCCGUGCACCCAGAGGACGUCCGACGCCGGCCCCCCCUUCUGCCAGGAAAAUAGAUCAGACAACUCGUCCAAUCACAGCUCUCCUGAGUUUCCCCCUGCCAAGAACAGCCUGGUCACGUGUUGCAGGGCGCCGUCCAUCCCGGAGGCCCAGGACCUUUCCCGAUCUUCCUCCAACGCCAGCAGCUUCGCCAGCGUCGUGGAGGAGCACGAAGUCGACGGCGACUACCAAGCGCAGCUGGAAAGCGCGUCGGCUCCGACGCCGCACAAGAGAGACUCGCCGGACGACGCGUCGCUCACUUUCGGCCACGCCGCCGUCACAGGCGCACGCGCUCCCUCUUCCCACUCGCCGGCGUCUCAACUCCAGCAACAAAACGACGGCGCGAAAGGACCUGAGACAAAAGGGACAGACGGCUGUUCCCGGUCGGAGCGCCCCCGUCUGGAGCACAGGUCCUCGAACUGUUAGGUACCACGACGACGAGCCAGCCGCCGCAUCCGCCAUCAUCAUCAGCAUUUCUUGGAGAGGCGCCGCACGGCAGAACCGAGCAACGGGUCGACUUUGAGACGAGGGGCCGUGAGAACGUUCCCGGAGAGAUGCCGGCAGAAGCUCCGAGGACGUCGCGUCGGGUCUCGCUUGCUGCUCCCCGUCCGGGAGCGACUUCAUCCUGCUUUUGAAAAUGUUGGGACUGAGAGAAAGAUGGGGAUUGUUUUUUUUCCUGUUUUCCGUCCGUUUUGAGCGAUCGACAGCAUUUGUCCCGUUCCUCCGGGCUCGGGGCCCAACUCGCUUGAACGAUACCGCAAGCAUUUAAAUAAACUCGACGUCCGUCCAAAAAGUAUCUCAACGUAGACCCGGUUAAAAUAAAAACAACAACAACAAAAAGUCAAAAAUACUGCGGUGCCUCGACCAGCUACCGAGCAUUUUACACAUUUGUUUGUGCAAGCGUGCAUGGUGUCAACCUGCUUAGACGUAAAAUCAAAACAAAAACAAACAACUUUGGUGCCGCGUCGGUUUGUCGCAGUGAGUUCUGUUUUUAUCACGUGCACAUUUUUAUUUCUCCAUGUCAACAACUACCGUAGGACGCUUUAUGGAAAGCCGUUUGAGCGAGUCAUCGAAUAUCCUACUAGUGCCCGCAAUUGUCUUUGUACUCCUUUCGGCUUGUCCCGCGCGGUGUCAUCUUUUUUCCAUGUAGUGCGACCCCCAACUGUCCUCAUGUCUUUUCUUUGGUCUUCCUCUCUCUCUCUCGCUCUCUUCCCUGGUAGCUCCAUCCUUCCUCCUACCAAUUUCCUCUCGCUCUCUGGCCUCUGGACAUGUCCAAACCACCCAGGUCUGCUCUCUCGAUCGAACCUUGUCUCCAGAACCUCCAACUUCGGCUCAUUUCUAGUCCUAUCCAACCUGUUCACUCCGAGCGAGAACCUCAACAUCUCCAGUUCUGCUUCCUGUCCACCGUCUCUAAUCCGUCCAUCAUGGCCGUUUUCUAAACUUUGCCCGUCUUCAUCCUAGCGCAGACUCUUCUGUCCCCUUCCGCCGCUUGGACCAGUUUCUUCACUUCCUUCCCACACUCCCCAUCGCCCCGUAUUGUUGAGCCCGAGUAUUUCAAGUCAUCCACCCUCGCCAUCUCUUCCGCACAUAUUCACUUUUACUCGGGCUAAUCUUCAUUCCUCUCCUUUCCCAGUGCGUGUCUUUGUACUCGCUAGUAAGACAAUCCAGCACAGUACCAGCAACGUACUAUGCCUUACUAGUGAUAUUUUUUUGUAAAACAAUUCUGUGCACUAGUAGAAGACUAUCGACCUCACACACACACACACACACACAUUUGUGGACUGACCGAUGCGGUUUUCCCUUACUAGUAACACACUUGUUCAACUAGUUGGCAUCUCCACACGACUAGUACUAGUGACACACUCGAUGUGAACUAGUAUAAUUUGACAUCACGAGUAGUAUUACUGGCACACAGCUGACAAGUGCGGUUUUGCCUUAUUAGUAACAUGUAGUUCUACUCAUAGAGAUCUGUGCGCUAUGAGUACUUGAGUACUUGUGAAGCACGAGGUAUUAAGUAGUAUUUUUACUUUUCUGGUCACCGGCAGGACUAGUAACACGCAAUUGUCAACGAUUGCAUUUUUUUUUUUUUAAUAAAUCUUCACUACUAGCACGAAGUUGAACUAGUUGACAUGGGUGCGCACUAGUACACAAGUGAGUGCAGCGUUCGAAAGGGCUUUCCAUAAACAAUCCUUUUUUUUAUUUUUUUUUUUGUUCAUUUUGGGAACC